AGAACACAAUGGAUACCACCUCUUUUCCUCCAGAAGAUCGUAAAAAUCAUGCGUAAUAUGUAACAAAAAUGUCUGUUAAUCUGUGAAACGCGAUUUUUUCGAUAAAUGUGGACGAUUUUGUCUCGAUGAAAUUUGAAACCGUUAUGUUUCCAACAUAAAAUGGGCAUGAAGAGUCGGGGAGGCAUGUUGAGGCUGUUAGUGGUGUAUCUGGAAUUCGUUGUUGCGAUCAGGGCCACCCCUGCUUUCAUGAAGAACGCCAAGAUCAGCACCAGAAUAGUCCAGACACGUUACGGACGGUUGCAGGGUUUGAUCGUGCCUAUGGACCAGUACAGAUACUUGAAGCCCAUCGAGGUGUUCCUGGGCGUACCGUAUGCCACACCACCAGUCCAAUCGAAUCGUUUUAGCCCUACUCGGGCACCAAGCCCUUGGGACGGUGUUCGGAUAUCGGAUAAGAUGGGGCCGGUAUGCCCUCAGAAGCUUCCGGAUAUAAGCAACGAGACAGCAGCCCUGGAAAGAAUGCCCAAAGGAAGGCUGGAGUAUCUCAAGAGGCUUUAUCCCUACCUGAGCAACCAGAGUGAAGAUUGUCUUUACCUAAAUGUCUUUUCUCCAACUCAAGUGUCUUCCGAAACCCGCCAUCCUGUCAUUGUCUACAUUCAUGGUGAAUCAUUCGAGUGGAACUCUGGAAACUCAUACGAUGGAAGUGUUUUGGCGUCCUAUGCCGACCUAGUUGUGGUCACUUUGAAUUAUAGGCUAGGUAUCUUAGGUUUCCUCAAUGCGAAUCCUGCACCUCAUCUGAAGGCCAGGGUGGCUAACUACGGGCUUAUGGACCAGAUAGCUGCUCUCCAUUGGAUCCAGAAGAACAUCGCUCUUUUUGGAGGAGAUCCCAGUAACGUAACUUUAGUAGGACAUGGAUCUGGUGCAGCAUGUAUCAACUUCCUCAUGAUCUCCCCCACGGUCAUGCCAGGCCUGUUCCACAGAGCCAUUUUGCUCAGCGGAUCAGCCCUCUCAUCCUGGGCCUUGGUAGAGGACCCUGUCAAUUAUGCCGUCAAGUUAGCAAGGGAAGUCAAUUGUACGAUACCGGAAGACGUCGGGAAAGACCAUGAGAUGAUUGUGGAUUGCCUUAGAGACGCACCUCUGGAUCACCUCCUGCAUGCUGAUGUGUCACCCCCGGCUUACUUGAGUAGUUUCGGACCUAGUGUUGAUGGUGUUGUGAUCAAGACUGACUUCGCGAAAGAACUAGUUACGUACUUCAAACCCUCCGAAUUGCAAAGCUUCGUGGGUGCUGUGAACGCUAACAUGAAGCGGAGCGAAGCCACGAUAACUCCCAGGGCCAACAACCCUUACGAUCUCUUAUUCGGUGUCGUCACCAGUGAGGCUUUGUGGAGGUUCUCCUCUAACGACAUCCAAUCGGGUUUCGAGGGCGAACGUAGAGACAAAAUUAUAAGGACUUAUGUGCGGAACGCGUACACUUACCAUCUAAGCGAGAUAUUCUUCACGGUUGUAAAUGAGUACACGGACUGGGAGAGGACGGUGCAGCAUCCGAUCAACACCAGGGACGCCACGGUGCAGGCGUUGAGCGACGCCCAAUAUGUGGCGCCCCUGGUGCAGACCGGGGAUCUGUUGAGUGUUAAGACGGCGCAGAAUGAAAAGGACCAGGUGGAUUCGAAGACGUUCUUUUACGUGUUCGAUUAUCAGACGAAGGAAGGUGACUAUCCCCAGAGGAUGGGUACGGUCCAUGGAGAGGAACUGCCUUAUCUUUUUGGUGCUCCAUUGGUGGAUGGAUUCAACCACUUUCCAAGGAAUUACAGUAGAGCAGAAUUAGCAUUAGCAGAGUCAUUUAUUAUAUUCAUUGCUAAUUUCGCUAGAACAGGGAACCCCAACGAGCAUCAUAAACAGGAGCCAGUGCUCGCAGCCUCCAGGGAGAGGAACAGAUUCCGUUCCAUUCUGUGGGACGAAUACGACUCAGUUCAUCAAAAGUAUCUAGAGAUAGGUAUGAAACCCAGAAUGAAGAACCACUUCCGAGCCCACCAACUCAGCGUUUGGCUACGUCUAAUACCCGAACUCCACAGAGCCGGUAUGGAGGACGUUGUAGCCCGCCAUAACCUGUUCCGCAACCACAACAACGCUGACCUUUACGACGGUCCUGUACGUCCAGAUCCCCUCUCUAGAGUCAGCUAUUACGAUCCGACCAUGGAGCUCAUCAGAAGAAGACCGAACUCCACUUUGACUAGCAUCGAUGUGCCGACAACGAUAGACACUAUAGUGACAACGUGCGUGAACGUGGUAUCCGCAAGCAAUUUUAACCAUCAGUCAUUCCAGAACCCAAACUCGAACGCGACUGAUCCCUUGGCCAGCUUAGAAGCAGCUGGGUACGCAGCAUAUAGCACAGCUCUGAGUGUAACUAUAGCUAUAGGGUGUUCUUUGCUAGUUCUAAACGUUCUCAUAUUCGCUGGAGUUUACUACCAACGGGAUAAGACAAGGUUAGAGGUGAAAUCCUUGCAGCAGCAACAAAGGAACCAGAGUAGCUUCGAGACUAUAUCCAAACAUAGUCAUUACCACUUAGGUCACUCCCAAAGUUCCAACAUCAUUGUAGACGUGGAACAAGACACUUCCGCCAUGAUACUAAGCGCGCAGAACGCUCAGGAAAUGCACGCGAUGAGCAAGCAACAUCUCAGGCCAACAUUUCAGCUGCCAGGAUCCCUCUCGGCGCCACCACCAAGUCCUAACGACCUUGCUCAAAAUCAAUACAAAACCCUCCCGAAAAACUCAACAAAUACCUUCCAUUCCUACAACCCGGGUUCCAUGACCUUACCUAAGAACACGAGCUUAAUGAACAACUCAGCUUGCGUUAUCGCCGAGCUUCAGCAGGGCAUGGUGCAACCUCCAAAUGGUAAUCCACCGAUUCCUAUGAACGUACCUAGGCCCCCUCCACCUCCAAGGUCGAAAAGUCCACCGGAGAACCAGCCUCUGCUGCCGAACAGUAUGGGUCUGAAUAAAGGUAAUAUGAGGGUACCUCAGGCCGCCAUGAGUGAGAUGAGGGUGUGAUAUUCUGUGCUCAAGACUGCAUUCGUCCUUUAAAUUCUAAGCAACUGGAAAUUAGGUCAGGCAUGUGCCAGGCUGAUUCCAGAUUUUGUACAUAUUCAGAGAUUGUAUAAGUUAAUUUCGAUGUGAACACUUAUGUACCCAAAUUUCAUGGUAUCCUGGGGCCCAGAUAUGGGGUUGAAUACAGUUUUUGAGAAUAUUAUCAAUUGAUAAAUAGUAAUUUUCACCAUCGUCAAAAACUUUUUGUAGAGUAGAACUUUUCAUUUUAACAAGUACCAGUCAGAUAUUGAUUAUAUUGAAUUACUUAUUUUCAUGGUAUCAUGGAUUCAAAUAAAUCUGAAAAUUUUAAAAAUAUUGAUGGAAAAAUUAAUGAAGUAUUAGAAACUGAAUUUCGAUUUGAUUUUAAUAAAUUGAUCCUAUUGGUACAUGAAGUUUUCAUGUUGUCCAUUUUCCAUAUCUUGUGGUAUAAAAAUCUGAUUCUCAAGUUAUAAGAAUAAUUUUAAUAAGCAGGAGGUAGGCAUAUUCCAUUUUUCUUAGUUUAGUUGAAUUUUACUUUCUAAUUCAUUAUCUACAGUUUCCAGUUGUAUAAUGCACAUUAUCAUGUUCAAUUCAGUUUUUACACUUUCACCAUUUUCUGUGAAUAUAUUUCAAAUAUGAAGAAACUUCAGGAUUCCAUGAAUGAUCGAAAAUAUGAAAAUGAAUUUCAACCCACUAUCAUGCUGCACCUAGAGGCCCUAUUAUGUAUAUAAUUAUUACUGAAACAUGGGCAAACGUUCGAAUGUAUUUGAUCAAUAUCUAAAAAUAUGUGGAUUUUUGGUACUCAUUGGAGUUAAAAAAAAAUCUCGAUUGAAACUAGUUCACUUCUCGUUUCAAUACUCAUGCAAUUGUAUUUGUUUACGUCUCGGAUUUCAUUGGAUAAACAUAUCAUAGUAUCUACUUUCAGUUGUAGGAGUUUUCACUAAUUUAUCAUUACUACUUACGUUGAAUUGGAGCGGGAAUAGAUUCUAAUUUUCGAGUUUAAAUCUAAAAGAUUAUACAUAUAGUUUCUCACAAAUGCUAGAAAAUUGAAAAAUCAACUGCCAACGCUAGUAGAGGGUACUCUGUUCUGGCACAACUUCCUACUAAAUAUUAUUGAAUCGUACUCUUUGUAAUGCCAAAGGAAGAUGAUUUCGUUUAUCUUCUACCUUGAGAUUCGAAAGAACCAAGGACAAUCUUUUCCUCAGUGUAUAUAAAAUGAAUUAGGAUCGUUUCAAAUUUCAACGAAAAAUAAGGUAUAGCUUCAUAUUAUAUUAUUAUAUAGUGAUUGAUUAUUCUCAACGAAAUAUAGAAAAUUGUACAUAAAGAUUUUUUUCGGUGAAUUUUGGAACUGGCGGUAUUAUGGAGAUUCACUUGGAUUAUAGGUGUGAAAAAGGAGAUAUUAUCUAGAAAGAGAAAAAAAUUUUAGAUUUAGGAGGCAUGGGUACCUAAAUAUUUCUGGAAAAAACUUGUUCUACUGAUUUGUAAGUAAUAUUUCAACUAUUUGAUGGUGAUGAACAUGACCAUAUUUUCUGUUAUGAGGCUGUAAUUUU